AUGCCUGCCAUGCUCUCAACCCAACCCCACGGCCUGCCGCACCCCCACAUGCAGACAGAGCAGGGCCCACAGCAACGCCAGUUCAACCCCUACACCGAGAACGGAGGAACAAUCCUCGCCAUCGCAGGCAAAGACUUUAGUGUGAUAGCAGGCGACACGCGACAGAGCGAGGGGUACAGCAUCCAGACGAGAUACGCGCCAAAGGUUUUCAGAUUAACCGAUCGUGCUGUCCUCGCGGUAAAUGGGUUCGCCGCAGACGGCAAUAUGUUCGUGAAGAAAGUCAGACAGCGUCUUGAGUGGUACCGCCAUGCCCACGCAAAGGAUAUGCCUCUCCGUGCAAUCGCGCGCUUGAUCCAAACGAUGUUAUACGCGCGUCGAUUCUUCCCGUACUAUGUAUACAACAUCCUAGGCGGCAUAGAAGAAGACGGCUCUGGCGCCGUCUAUUCAUUCGACCCGGUAGGCUCGUAUGAGCGUGAGGCCUGCCGUGCGGCGGGCGCGGCCCAGUCCCUCGUACAACCCUUCCUAGACAAUCAGAUCUACUUCAAGAACCAGACACCCGCACCGGGCACGUCACAUCCCACGCACCUUCCCCUCCCUACCGUCCUCAAACUGGUCAUCGACUCGUUUACGGGCGCCACGGAGCGACACAUCGAGGUCGGCGACGGCCUCGAGAUCUACGUUGUCCUCGCGAAGGGCGCGUCGACACAGGCCCUCGAGGGCAUCCGCGGCAUACAAGAAACCACCGUCACGAACGACGGCGAGCGCGUAUUCAUCAUCCAGCGGGAGCUGAAGAAAGACUGA